GUAUGACAUCAAAGAUGACUAUACUUUGCGCAUUAAGAAGGCCAUGAGCACAGAUGAGGGAACCUACACGUGCAUUGCUGAGAAUCGAGUUGGAAAAGUGGAAGCUUCUGCUACCCUCACUGUGCGAGCUCGCCCCGUUGCUCCCCCACAGUUUGUGGUAAGGCCACGAGACCAGAUUGUAGCCCAGGGUCGAACAGUGACUUUUCCUUGUGAAACUAAGGGAAAUCCCCAGCCAGCUGUUUUCUGGCAAAAGGAGGGAAGUCAGAAUCUACUCUUCCCAAACCAGCCUCUCCAACCCAACAGCAGGUAUUCAGUGUCACCAACCGGAGACCUCACUAUUACCAACAUUCAGCGGUCUGAUGCAGGCUACUACAUUUGUCAAGCACUGACAGUAGCUGGAAGCAUUUUAGCAAAGGCUCAGCUGGAGGUUACUGAUGUCCUGACAGAUAGGCCUCCACCCAUCAUCCUCCAGGGGCCAGUCAAUCAGACACUGGCAGUGGAUGGCACAGCUUUGCUGAAGUGCAAGGCAACCGGCGACCCUCUCCCUGUCAUCAGCUGGUUAAAAGAAGGAUUCACCUUCCUGGGCCGAGACCCUCGAACAUCCAUCCAGGAUCAGGGGACGCUUCAGAUUAAAACUCUGCGGUUGUCCGAUACUGGGACUUACACUUGUGUUGCGACGAGUUCCAGUGGGGAGACUUCUUGGAGUGCUGUGCUGGAGGUGACAGAAUCCGGUGGAGCAACAGUCAGUAAAAAUUAUGAUAUAAAUGACCUCCCUGGGCCACCAUCCAAACCUCAGGUCACUGAUGUCACAAAGAACAGUGUCACCCUGUCCUGGCAGCCAGGGACUCCUGGAAGCCUACCAGCUAGUGCAUAUAUCAUUGAGGCUUUCAGUCAAUCUGUGAGCAAUAGUUGGCAAACAGUGGCUAACCAUGUGAAGACCACUCUCUACACUGUGAGGGGACUGCGCCCCAAUACAAUCUACCUAUUUAUGGUGAGAGCUAUCAAUUCACAAGGCCUGAGUGAUCCCAGCCCUAUGUCAGAUCCUGUCCGAACACAAGAUAUCAGCCCACCAGCACAAGGUGUGGAUCACAGGCAAGUCCAGAAAGAACUGGGAGAUGUCAUUGUACGACUGCAUAAUCCUGUUGUGCUGACACCCACGACGGUUCAAGUCACCUGGACGGUUGACCGCCAAUCCCAGUUCAUUCAGGGCUACCGAGUAAUGUAUCGCCAAACAUCUGGCCUACCUUCUCCAGCUGUAUGGCAGAACUUGGAGGUCAAAGUCCCAACUGAGCGCAGUGCUGUCCUCGUCAGCUUGAAAAAGGGGGUCACUUACGAAAUUAAGGUUCGCCCCUAUUUCAAUGAAUUCCAAGGAAUGGACAGUGAAUCAAAGUCUGCUCGCACCACAGAGGAAG